UCUCUUCAUCUUCUCUCCAAGGAUUUGUUUUCCGUGUAAUGUUUGAGACUAAGAGCUCUCUCGAUUUCGAUUUUUGUUCGUCUGGAUCCGUUUCUUUUUUUUGGGGACAAUCCUCGUAUAAUUAGGGCUCCAGAUUCGUUUAUCCUUUAGUUCCUUUUUCUCUAAAGUUUGGUUUUUGAUUGAUGGGUUUUCUUGAUUUAGCAAUCUUUAAGAUUUACUUGAAAGAUUCCGUAAUUUUGCUCUGAAUCGGGUUCUUUGUUCUGUUCUCACUAGCUCUACCAAAGCAGUUUCUCUUUUGGAUCCCUAAAUGUUCAAUUAUGUGAACAGAUUGUUUACUUUUUAGCUUCUCUUCCUUUUCAUUUUAGUUUUUUUGCAGAGAUUUUAGGAGGAGGAACAUGAUGAUUGUUUGAAUUGGGAGAGACAGUUCUUCGUUUGUGUAAAAUGCGGGUGCUUGGUUUGAGCUCAAGCUUAUGUUCAGGUGAGGACAAGGAAGAAGCAGAGACAACUGGAGAAGGCUGUCUCACGCCUGUUUAUCUCAACGUCUAUGAUCUGACUCCUGUCAACAAUUAUCUCUAUUGGUUCGGUCUUGGCAUAUUUCACUCUGGCAUUGAGGCUCAUGGUUUCGAAUAUGGAUAUGGGGCUCACGAGUAUUCGAGCAGUGGGGUAUUUGAGGUUGAACCUAGGAGCUGUCCAGGUUUCAUCUUUAGGCGGUCAGUUUUGCUGGGAACCACCAGCAUGUCUCGCACAGAUUUCCGCUCAUUCAUGGAGAAGCUUUCGAGAAAGUAUCAUGGGGACACAUACCAUUUAAUCGCCAAGAACUGCAACCAUUUCACUGAAGAAGUAUGCUUGCAGGUAACAGGAAAGCCUAUUCCUGGAUGGAUUAAUCGGAUGGCUCGAGUAGGUUCUUUCUGUAACUGUAUCCUUCCAGAAAGCAUACAGCUCUCAUCGGUUAAUCAUCCCGAAGCCCUCGAGUUCUCUGAUGAUAACGAUGGAUCAGAAGAAUCAGUUGCAUCUUCUGUGUCAUACGAAACAGAUGGAGAAGGAUCGGACCAUCAUCUCAUAACAGCACCAAACAGCGACAUUGCGUAUCUACAAGACAGACCAGUAAGACUUGCCCGUGAACUCCUCCAAGAACCAACCGAUGAUGCAUCUCCGCAGUACUUGAUGAAGCGUUCCUGAUCAUCACAAUCAUCAAGAACUUGUGUUGUCUGUAAACAGAAGUGAUGCAAUGGGUCCAUUUUGAAUAUUCUUUGGAUCUAUAAAUGUAAAAAAAGAUUAAUUUAAAUGAGAACCCAUCUAAGAUGUUGGAUUGUGUAGUGUAAGAUUAGAGACAAAUGGUGUGAAUUUGUUGACAAAAUUGUGCCUUCUUCUUCUCUCUCUGUGAGUUCAUAAGUCAUAAGAUUUGUUAGACUAAUAAUUACUAUUGAUCCUA